UAUAUACUCUUCAAAAGACGUUGGGGAUAUUGAAAUGCAAAUACCUAUGCAGGUUGUGAUAUGAUGUAUAGUCAUGGACACAUGGCAUGCUUUGAGAGUAAGUACAGAGAUGAAGAGCUAAUCGCCCUAAAAUAACCACUGAGUUGCACAUACACGUGGGAGGGGUUCAUUGUCAAAUUUGACACUUCAAGAAAGGGUUGAUGAAAACUGCCGCGUGCUGGUUUAUUUAUCCAUGUUUGCUUUCCCAUCGGUUCUUGCAUAAGAUUUACUGUUUAGCGAAUCUUUGCUUUAGUGUGUUACGUCAACCGACAACACUGCAAGAAUUGGCCGUAGCACUGCAAGAGGAGUGGGUCAGAUUGCCCAAAAUCGUGAUUGGACGGUUGAGUAGGAGCAUGCCACGACGAAUUGCUGAAUGUCUGAGGAUUGGUGAAGCAAUUACUCAUUAUUAAGACAAACGUCCAUUUUCACUUUUGACGGUGUAUCUCUGCGAGUGAAAUGGGGCGGUCAGAUAAGCCGCUCAUAUGAACUGUUUAUGUUCAUGUGUAGGCAAUCGGCCUCUUAUUAACAUACAGUGGUUACCUCUAAUAAAAACGGCAGUGUAUUUCCGCAGUUUUGUGUUGUUUCUGAAUAUCCCCUACUUGUUUUGAAGAGUAUAUAUUAAAAGAUGAAACCAAAAUGCUACGCUUUACUCUAGCUCGAAAAGCAGACGAACUUUUAAUAUCUGCACGCGAUAUAUCGACCGCGAGGCGUCAAGGAAUGUGACACAUAUGUAAAGUUAACUAUUGUGAUAUAAUAAACCGGUGUUAUUGGUGACAAUUUCAAAACUAUAAUACAACGGGCGUGUAGAAUAAAUCGGAACUAAUCCAUAGGAUCAGAUGACCGCCAGCUACAUUCCACUGCCGUCCUAAUCUCCCUGAUCUUCCUGAAAACUCUUGCUACAUUUGAAGCAGCUUGUGAUAACUAUAUUUAAACUGGUGUCAAAAUGACCUAAUACAAGGGGGCACAACUCUCAGAACAGAACCCAAGACAGUGAGUAAAAAUGGUCGGGGUUAUUCCAAAGCCGAAAUUAAGAGGAAAAAAGUACCAUUAUUGUGUUCUGUACAACUAUUAUGAGGGUCCAGCAAGUAACAGAAAUAAAGACCACCAAUUGUCUAGAGCUUUUCUAGCGAAAAUGGAAGAUGAACUAGCAGCGUGUGGCUUUACCGAUUCGUAUUAUUUUGAGAAAAUUCUUCCCGGAAGUAAUUUAUUUGAAGUGUUCACGGCUGGGUUGAUUGAACCAUCCGAGAAAGUAGUGGUCAUUUUAACUGAAGGCUUUAGGGUCAAUUACUGGCAUAAAUACACCGAGCAAACAUCGUUUAAGAACUUGAUCGAUGGCGGUAAAAGUACCACUUUCCUGCCUAUUGUUAUAGGUGAAGGGAAGGAUGAUAUACCAGAAAAAUUUGGACUAAUUAUCGAACAAAUCUUAUAUUUUGAGAAGGAAUGGGAAGUAGAUGAAGUUAAUUGGGCUCGGUUGAGAAAUUUUUUCCUUGAAAACAAAUCAGUUUCAGCAUUGUAUCAAAGAUCAGAAUCAACUAUUCCAGUUGAGGAAACCCACGAUGCUGAUACCCUCGCUGAAGAUGGUGCACCCGACAUUAACAACCUUAGUGUCAGUAGUGGCAUUGAAAUCCUACCUACACCAGCAAUGGGCCAAGGUGUGUCUAACACUAGCAAACCUGGAGUCAGUAGUGGCAUUGAAGACCAAGGUCAAGCAGAUAGACCGCCAUGUGGAUCUGCAAGUAUUUCACGCCCAGGUGGAGUUGCAAGGGGUGUAUCAGACGGAUUACCUACAAUCCAAGUUAUUUCCAAUCUCGCUGGCCCUAGAGGGGACACAGCUGAUGCUGCCAUGAGUUUCCCAGACCUUCCGCUGACAAGUCCCGAUAGUAUUGAAGAAGAUCGUCCACACCAGAGACUAUUGUACUACACGAAAAUACACCGGUUGAAACGCAUAUCUGGAAACGUAUUGGACAUGAAAAAGGGCUCGGAUCUGAGUCAAAUAUAGAUACCACCGUGCUUCAAGGAAGUUCUUCAGGGGAUAUGAAAACAACUACUCAGUCCAGUGAACAGAAAUCGUCAUCAUUGGGUAUUCGAAGAACAGAAAUUGAACCAGGUUUUGGCCUUAGACUUCAUAAAAUAAUUUAUUUUGAAGACAAUUGGGUCGACGAUAUGAUCGCGUGGAAUGCAUUGAAAUCUGUUUUUACUGGUGGACAAGAAUCAUCGUAUACUGAAAGUAGUAGGGAUGAUUAUGAUGGUGAUGAUAAAGAUGGUGAUGGGGAGGAGGACGACGAUGGAGCGGAUGAUGACGAUGUCGAGCAAAUGGGACAUAGACCUAAAUCUACUACAAGAAAGAAAAUGGCAGUAGGCCUACAUUUUAUGAAGACUGGUGGACUGGUUGUAAUCGUCUACUUUACAUUAAUUCUCAUCUUAAUCUUUACAGUAGGGUAGUUCUACCCCAGAUCAGACGGCCUGUGGCAAAGCUAGUUUCAUUUUGUUAGUAUUGUUUUAUUUAUAGUCUGUAGACGACUAAAUAGUCAGACUAAUAACGGCUAUAUUUAGAUAAAGGUCACUGUUAUUUAUAUAUAGUGAGGGACUGGAUAUUUGAUAACUGUAUGAAUAGUAUGUUGACAGACUCUUUCUAAGUUUUAUAAUAAUAUUGCUAUCUGUCAUAUAUUAUGUUUAAUUUUAUAAUUUGAAAGAAACCCAUGUCUUGUUAUUAAGCAUACUAUUAGUGAGUUUAUAUCCCUAUUAUAUAAUUUAUAUUGUUGGAAAUGUACCAUAAUACAUUGUCUAAUAUUAUUGAGUAUUAUUAUCUUCCUUUACUUAAAUAGCUGAAUUUGAAUAUAUAGCUUUCAAUUCUUAUUUAUAUGCAUAUCAUAUAACUUAUUAAACGUAACUAAAUGAUACUUUUGUAUGUCAACUUAAUCAUUAAUCACAUUAUGUCCAUCUGUUAAAUAAUGUUGCAUUUAUAUUGUUGACAAUGUAUACAUAUAAGGAGUGUAUAGUUUAUAAUUUUGCAUGGGUCAGUUGUUCCCACUGGGAUAUUCGUCUCCAGGGUUGAAGCGAAGCUCUAGAUAAUACACCUAUAGUUCUUGGGGAAUGCUCUUUGAGCGCACCUUUAGAUACUAGCAUCUAAUGAACAGACUUUAAACUGCUUGCGGUUUAUAAACAGAUACAGCCUUUAGAUGCUUGCAUCUAAUGAACAGACACAGACUUUAAAUACACAGUAUAGCUUUAAGCUAUUGCACAGAAACAGAACAGAUCACAGAACGGCUUGAGCUGGGACAGUUCGCCUCUUUAUAAAUAGUAUAAAAGAGUUUUCCGAGUCCAUUAAAACUUACCUGUAUAUAUGUUAUAAUACAUAAUAAAACUUUAUAGUUUUA